GGUGGGGGCUAGAGCCAUGGCUUCCAGUACUUGAAUACAAAAAAGUCUUAUCAGCAUGUGAAGGACAAUCGCAGAAUGCCACGAGACAGGCACAGUGUGGAACUGCUCAAGCCUAUAAUCACACUGAGCAACAGGACGGCAGCUCUGGUUUAUAAUCCUGUACAGUAGUGUUUGGAACCAAGGCAAAGUAAGAAAAGGUGGAGCAGGAACCAAAAGUGUGCUAAUUAAAAAAAAAGUGUGGCUAGAAUGACAGAGCAGAAAAAUGGCAGCCAAGCAUGCCCUGACCAUGAGUUGGCCAAGUGCGAUGCCGAGGUGAGCACUUUACUCCAAAUUAUAUCUGAGCUCAGUGUGAAGAUGGGUGCCCUGCAAAUACCACGGGAUCAAAAGGACUUUCAGGGACAGGGCCAAACCUUCAUGCCUGUUUUAGAGCUGAACUCCAGUCCAUUGGCACCACAGAGCAACCCAGAUAUGCACUCCGGCCCAGCAUGUAUUCAGUCCAUAAACAAGCAAGGUGGCAGUGAAGAGCUAUGGGCCAAACUACAGCAGCUUUUGAACAAGCUGGAGUCCUCUGCCAGCAGGGGGAGAAAGCUGGUCAGGCCUGGCAUUCCUGACGUUGGGAAAACCCAGGCAGAACAUAUUAUGGCAGCACGUGAUAGCUGGGUUCAGGCCACACAAAUAUUGGUGGAGAUGGAGAGGGAGCUUGGAAUCACCUAUCAGUCUGAAUUACCCGCUGAAGAGCGUCAGAUGUAUCAAAAAGAUGUUCUUUCACUGCAUGAACUCAACCAGGAAUUGAAAUCCAGCCUGCAGACUCAUCAGGAGGAACUGAAGAAUACAGAAAAAGCUGUUUUGGAGAUGGACGAGGAAAAGAAAAGACUUCGAGAAAAGUUGAGUGACCUGAAAAGCAAAUGGCUAAAGGCAGCCAGUUGUUCGCCUCCCAGCAGUCCAUCCUUGUCCUCUAGUAGGACCCCAAGCCCAUGCUGGGCAUCUCCUACCAUCCCUGGGUCACCGAUGUUCAUACGUAGAAUGUCUCUUACACCCCCUGCCUCCCCAUCCAGGCCACCCAGACCCAGUUCUAACAGUUCAGUACUGGAGACUGAGACACAACGUCUCCAAAGAUAUUUGGAAAGACUGAAGGCAAGAAACGAGCGUCUAACAGCAGCUCUGGAGCGCCGAAAAAGCGAAUCGGAGCAGAUCAGCAUGACUCUAAGCCGACACGAGUCUGACUGCUCUGCUCUCCAAAUGGCUCUUGCAUACUGUGAAGAGUGUGAGGAGGCCUACAGUGAUCUUUUGUCCCUUUGUGAAGCCAGGAAACACCAGACUGCAGCUUUGGCAGAACCAUCAACUACAAAACAACCGGACAGUUUGAUUACUGCUCAUGACGAGUCAUCCUGUACAACAGUGGACACAGAAGUCAAAGAAAACAGCUUAUUAGCAGAGGAGUUUGAAGAAAAGACUGGAGUUAUCCGGCAGAGGAUUGCCCGACUCAAACAGGACAGGGCAGCAGUGUGUAUUCCGGAGGAGAUCAGGACAGGAGAAGGAAAGCUCAGUCCUGAUACAGGAACUCUGGCAGGAGCUAGAAAACACAGCAGUACAUCGAAUAACCCCAGAGGAGAGAAAGCAGCACUGUUGUAUGAGCUAGUCAAUGUGAGGGAGGAAAUGUCUGAACUGCGGGGAAUGAUAAGCCUGGUGGAAAAGGAACGGCGUUGUCUGGAAUUUUCCUUGGUAGCCUAUAAGUGUCAGGACUCUGCCGGAGCCGUCAUGGCACAAAGUUUGAGAGAAGAGCUGGAGGACAGGAGAACAGAGCAGCAGAGGACAGAUGAAAAUCGGGCCAAGCUGGAGAGCGGUGUGGGAGCGCCUGGGCCCAGGAAUCACGCUAUCAUAAGGGAACUUCAUGCAGCCCUACAAAGAGAGCAGAAAUUAAAGACAAGAGUGACAUCUUUACGAGAAUCUCUGGACUCAGCACUUUUGGACUACACCACCCAGAGCAGAGUUAACAAGGAUGAAGUGACCCGCCUUGCACUCUGUCAUAAUAAAGCCACGAGUGCAUGCCGGAGUGCACGCAAAAAGCACCACGAACAGCUGUGGAGGCUCGAGCGGCAGAUGAUGGCCAUGCAAGAGCGACAUGCAGUCCAACUAGCUGAACUCAAAGGCACACUGGAGGCACUGGAGUGGAAGAAAGAAGAGACUGUACUUUAACAGAAAGACUUUAAAUCAACGUUGUUGCUUUUUGUAUACAGUGGACUCCACCACAGAGCAGGUAUUAUUUAGAUGGUGGAUCAUUCUCAGCACUGCAGUGACACUGACAUGGUGGUGGUGUGUUAGUGUGUGUUGUGCUGGUAUGAGUGGAUAAGACACAGCAAUGCUGAUCGAGUUUUUAAACACCUCACUGUCACUGCUGGACUGAGAAUAGUCCACCAACCAAAAAUAUCCAGCCAACAGCGCCCCGUGGGCAGCGUCCUAUGACCACUGAUGAUGGUCUAGAAGAUGACCAACUCAAACAGCAGCACUAGAUGAGCGAUCGUCUCUGACUUUACAUCUACAAGGUGCCUUAAUAUGGUAAGUGGAGCUGAUAAAAUGGACAGUGUGUGUAGAAACCAGGAGAUGGUUUAAUGUUAUGGCUGAUCAUUUAAUUACAGUUUUAAAUUCAGGGGGUCUUUGAGUGUUUAGGGUUAGUGUGUGCCGUGUCACUACUGAGUGUUCUUUUCACAAGUCAUUGUGUGAUAUUAUCAGAGACAUAUAAUCCUCAUUUAAGAGCACCUUUGUUAAAACACUAGGAUGAACUGUGAUCUUGAGAAACAGGAGCAGCAUUUACCAGAGGUCAUGGAUUUUUUCUCCUCAUGCAAAAACCAAACUCCCUGCAAAGAUCUGGCCCUUUGGUCCGGCCAAACAAAAGAUGAAGACAAAAGAGAAAGAGGGUAGAACCAAGGCCAUUUGUCUCUCUCUUACUGAGUCCACCUUUCUCAUGGCUGCAUGCGACCCACCCCCAACCUCAGGGCAGUUGGCUGCAGCUGUGAAUGCCAGUCAGGUUGAGGCAAAGGUUGAGUGUCACACCCCCAGGGUCAAAGGGCCGCCUGUAUGUUGUUAAAGCCUGAGAAUAUAGGGGUUACGAGGCCAUGCUAUAGUGGGACUCUUGCCUGAGCUUGCCCUGCCUGAUAAAGAAGAUCAGAGGGUUGCGGGACCUGUUCGGCUGCAUGUGGCGCACCGAUUGCAGUAAAGGUCCUGAGGGUGGCAAUUAUUUUAAAUCUUCAUUUGUUAUGCACUGUAAUGUCAGUUGUUUUGUUAUAUCAAAUGUCAUCUUAAUUAGUGAAAGUAAUAUACAAAUCACUGUCACAUAUUGAAUGAACAGUGAGUUAUUAGUUUUAAAGUGGUUCUAUUUGGCUUUUUUAAAUACAGUGGUGAGUUUAAAAGACGUUGAGUUUUAAGGUAUUUUUUCCAUAUGGAUGUAUUGAAAGUCUGUUAAUGCAAGGCUAAUGUAAAAUAAUGGGGUUGUUUUUGACAAUUAU